UGUUAUUUUUACGGUUUUUAUUAAAGAGAACAACAUUUUUAAAGGAGUUUUCUGCAGCAGACAGAAUAAAUAAAACAUUUCCAGCAGUUUGUUCGGUUUAAAUGAGAAUAUGGAGCAAUAAAAAUAGAAUAAGAUGACAAUCAAUCGGAGCUCCGACUGAGGCUCCUCUCCGGCUCCCUUUUGGAUCCGGUCCGGGUUUUCUCCUCCUGCCGCCGCCGGACGCUCCGUGUGUUUGGAGCUCAGAGAACCGCGGCGGAGAACCGGGACGGAGCGGAGCGUCUGUCUGCGGGCUGAAGGCAGCAGAGAGCGGAGGACCGGAGGACGGGAGGACCGGAGGAGCGGUCCCGGUGCUCGGCUCCUCUCCCAGCGGCGUGUGAACCCAGCCGAAGCCGGCCGGAGGACGCGGAGGCCCGGCGGGCUGCUCGGCGCUGCGCUGCGGGGGAUGAGCGACACAAAAGGGGCCGAGGCGCCGCCAGAGUCCGGGACGCGGAUCAACGUUCACCGCCGGAGCUGCGGGAGGAGAGAAGCCGCUCUGACCGGGCAGACCGGGGGUUUCCAGGCGGCAGCAGGACGCGGAUUAAUCCGCUGGGAUGAAGCAGGAAUGUGUUUCCGGCCGGUGUGAACAUCUGGAGGACAGAAAAGUGAGUUUUAGUGGAUUUCAGCGUAAAGCUGCUGAGAGGGUCUGAGGAGGAAACAUCUGAAGAGGAACCAGGAGGUCAGAGGAUGUUCCUACUGGAGGCUGCUGGGAUGGACAGAGCAGCUCCUCAGAGGAGAACCGUCUACCGGAUCUCCCUCACCUUGGUGAAGAGGGAGAACCUGGAGGAGAACCAAGAGAAGAACCAGGAGGAGGUGCAGGAGGGCGGCGGCCUGCUGGAGCAGCUGCAGGAGGAGGAGGAAGAGUCUCAGGAUUUGUCCUCAGGCUUCAUGAGGAGCUUCAGGACGUUCAGCACCGGCCAGCUGGAGCUCAGCAGGAUGAAGAUCUGCAGGAAGCUGCAGCUGAAGGAGAAGAACCCGGCAGGAGGCGACGCUAAGAAGAAUAAGAAGCUGCUGAAGGCGAAGAGUGUGGAGGAGAGCAGCUCCGAGGCUCCUCCAGGAACCAACGGGGUCUCCUCGGUGGACAGGUCCGGUCUCCUGCGUCGCAGCUGCAGCUUCAGGAACUGGAGCGGCUCUGAGCUGCGGCGGCUGAAGGCCAGAGAACAUCUCCACAGCAGCUCCGGGAGCCUCCACCAGCCGGAGCCCGGCGGCCAGAAGAGCCGGACCCUGGAGGUGGGGGCCCUCCUGAACCGAACCGACUCCAUGGAGCUGAGCUGGACCCGAGAGAAGAACCGGACUCUGGACAACAGCGACCUGCAGCGGCUGCAGAAGGAGGCUGGAGGAGGGUUCCUGCUCAGAGGAGCUUCAGGCCGCAGCAGCGAGAGGCGCCUGGCUCGGUUCUUCAGCGGCUUCUUCUCCAGGAGGGACGCAGCCACGCCGACCUCCAGCCCCGACAGCAGGGGGCGCCGCAGGAGGCCGGUCCUGACCCAGUCCAGCUCCGAGAGCGUCAACGGAACCGACGAUGCGUUUGUGAACAGUCAGGAGUGGACGCUAAGCCGAACGGUACCAGAACUCAAAGUGGGCAUUGUGGGUAAUCUGGCCAGCGGUAAGUCGGCGCUGGUCCAUCGCUACCUGACAGGAACCUACGUCCAGGAGGAGUCGCCUGAAGCUGACGUGGAUGCAGGCGGUCGCUUUAAGAAGGAGAUGGUGGUGGACGGUCAGAGUCACCUGCUGCUGAUCAGAGAUGAAGGAGGCCCCCCAGAGGCUCAGUUUGCGUUGUGGGUGGACGCCGUCAUCUUCGUCUUCAGUCUGGAGGACGAGCUCAGCUUCCAGACGGUUUAUCACUACUUCAGCCGCCUGGCCAGCUUCAGGAACACGGCCGAGCUGCCGCUGGUGCUGGUCGGCACGCAGGACGCCAUCAGCUCGGCCAACCCGCGGGUCAUCGACGACAGCCGGGCCAGGAAGCUGUCCAGCGACCUGAAGCGCUGCACCUACUACGAGACCUGCGCCACCUACGGGCUGAACGUGGAGCGAGUCUUCCAGGACGUUGCCCAGAAGAUCGUCGCCACCAGGAAGAAGCAGCAGCUCUCCAUUGGACCCUGCAAGUCGCUGCCCAACUCGCCGAGUCACUCGUCCGUCUGCUCGACACAAGUGUCGGCCGUCCACAUCAGCCAGACCAGUAACGGAGGAGGAAGUCUCAGCGAUUAUUCGUCUUCGGUGCCGUCGACUCCCAGCACCAGUCAGAAGGAGCUCCGGAUCGACGUCCCUCCGGCCACCAACACCCCGACGCCGGUCAGGAAACAGUCCAAACGCCGCUCCAACCUCUUCACCUCGAGGAAGGCGAGCGAAGCCGACAAGGACAAGAAAGGCCUGGAGGCUCGAGCCGACAGCAUCGGCAGCGGGCGAGCCAUCCCCAUCAAACAGGGGAUGCUGCUGAAGAGGAGUGGGAAGUCCCUCAACAAGGAGUGGAAGAAGAAGUACGUGACGCUGUGCGACAACGGACUGUUGACCUACCAUCCCAGCCUACACGACUACAUGCAGAACGUCCACGGGAAGGAGAUUGACCUGCUGAGGACCACGGUGAAGGUUCCCGGUAAACGGCCUCCUCGAGCCAUUUCCACUUGCGCUGCUGUGCCAAGUCCCAAAACCAACGGCCUGACCAAGGACAUGAGCAGCCUGCAGCUCGGACAGAACCCAGGUUCGGUGACCAGCAGCUCGUCGGCGUCUCAGAUGGCUAGCGGCAUCAGCUUGGUUUCCUUCAACAGUCGCGGUGGUCUCGAGGGGAUGCACCAGCGCUCGUACUCCGUCUCCAGCGCCGACCAGUGGACCGACGCCACUGUCAUCGCAAACUCCGGAGUCAGCACAGAUACUGGUCUGGGAGACUCGGUCUGCUCCAGUCCCAGUAUCUCCAGCACCACCAGUCCCAAGAUGGAGCCACCGCCAUCGCCUCACGCCAACCGCAAGAAGCACCGCAGGAAGAAGAGCACCAGCAACUUCAAGGCCGACGGACUCUCUGGUACUGCAGAAGAACAAGAGGAGAACUUUGAGUUCACCAUCGUGUCUCUGACCGGUCAGUCGUGGCACUUUGAGGCGACGUCGUACGAGGAACGAGACGCCUGGGUUCAGGUGAUCGAGAGCCAGAUCCUGGCCAGUCUGCAGUCCUGUGAGAGCAGCAAGAACAAGUCUCGUCUGCCGAGCCAGACGGAGGCCAUGGCUCUGCAGUCCAUCAGAAGUAUCCGAGGAAACGGUCGCUGUGCCGACUGUGAAGCUCAGAACCCGGACUGGGCGAGUCUGAACCUCGGGGCCCUGAUCUGCAUCGAGUGCUCGGGGAUCCACAGGAACCUGGGGACCCACCUGUCCAGGGUCCGGUCCCUGGACCUGGACGAGUGGCCCCUGGAGCUCAUCAAGGUCAUGUCGGCCAUCGGCAACGAGCUGGCCAACAGCGUGUGGGAGGCCAACACUCAGGGACGCCUCAAACCCGGACCAGACGCCAGCAGGGAGGAGAGGGAGCGCUGGAUCCGGGCUAAGUACGAGCAGCGUCUGUUCGUGGCGUCGCUUCCCUGCGUGGACAUCCCUCUGGGCCAGCAGCUGCUCCGGGCGACGGCCGACGAGGACCUGAGGGCCGUUGUGCUGCUGCUCGCCCACGGCAACCGGCAACAGGUCAACGAAACCUGUGGCGAAGGAGACGGACGCAACGCGCUGCACCUGGCCAGCCGCAAGGGCAACGUGGUCAUCACCCAGCUCCUCAUCUGGUACGGCGUGGACCUGAUGGCGAAAGACGCCCACGGAAACAGUGCGAUGGCGUACGCCCGGCAGGCCAGCUGCCAGGAGUGCGUGGACACGCUGACUCAGUACGGUUGCCCCGACGACCGCUACCCUCUCAUGGCCACGCCCAACCUGUCGCGCCGCAACACCAACCGCAACAACAGCUGCAGCAGCGCCGGCAGCGCUGCACUUAUAUGACGACGAGGCUUCGCCAGCAACCAAUUGGGAGCACCGUUUAAUCUGGAACCACUUCCUGUUGUGACUCUAAGCCCCGCCCACCUUCCUUGUCAGCCGCCGCCCCUUUAGGACUGAUUAAAGCCGAUAGGCGGCGACUCUUCCUCUGUCCCCGGGUCUGUUUUGGGAGAAAGAUUCCAGAGCAUGCUGGGAAAUGUGGUCCACAAUCAUAUUGGGAAAAGGUCACAUGACUCGUGAUGACAUCAUACCUCAUCAGUCACACUACAAGGCCAGUUCCUGCUUAGCAGCCAAUCAGGAUCCACGCCAAAACAUAUCUAAUACCAAUAAUAAUAUCAGUGAGGAAAUUCUCCGUAGCAUGACGGCGCUUUACGACAAAGCCAUUUAAAUUCUUCAUCAUCAAUCAUUGGAGGACGCAGCGUUUUAGCUCCUCCCACUUUUGUUUCAUGGAUUCUGUGAACUCUUCUGCCUUCACACAUUUUUUUAAUGUGAAAAUAUCUCGAUGUUUUAGGAUCAAAGAUAAAAAAGAUAUCGGAUCAGUUAGAGGUAAAGUGGUAGAUCGCAUGUCCUAGACACUUCCUGCUUCUUAAUUUAAGGCAUUCUUCCUGGUUUGUGUAUAUUGUAUCUCGAUGUGCAUUGCUGGACCAAUGGUUAAAAUGUCAACAUGGGGAAGGUUCUUCUGUUUUUGGUUGUUUUGUUUAGUUUUGGGUGUAUAAAGUCAUAAAGUGUACAGAAGCUCAGGGACCGGGGACUGUCCACCACCAACACCUUCAGACUGGGUUCAACUCGCUCUGCUCACGAGUUAAAACCGCAACUAGGAACCUGAACAGAACCUGAUUUCCAUCCUGGUCGACCAACGUUAUAGCUCAAACUCUGUCCCUGAAGUUCAUUUUAUUGUUACAUGUAAAAAUGGAGGACAAGGGAACUUGGAGUGAAAAGGGAAUCUUUUUCUUCAGGCGUUUCAGAGUUGGUGUUGAGCUCGGAGACGGUGGAUGGAAGCUACUUUCCUUCAUUUUAUUUCAGCCAGUAGAUGAUGAACUCCCUCCUUGUCCCGUCCAAUCAGACAGUCUCCCUGAUCUUCUCAGCGAAUCACUAAGAAGGGCUUCUUCUUCUUUUUCUUCUUCCUCUCUGAUCUAGAAACCUCCUCGUUGUAAAUAAUCUCCCUUAUUUCCGCCACUCCUCCAAUGGUGGCGUCAUCUAAACUAGAGAACACAGGAAGUGAACGUCGGGUUGAAGGACAGAGGUUUUUUAUUCUAAAGUGUUGUCGCAAGGUUUGGUGCUGAUCCAGGCAGGACAACAAGAACCAGGAAGGUAAGACCAGUGGUUCCCAACAGUCCCAGUUUGAUGGUUCACAGGACAGGAAACCUGAACAAAAGGUCCAAGACAAGUCCACGUCCGAGUCCAAGGAGUCCACCAAAUCUGGAUCAGUUUGAGUGAAGACUGAGUCCAAAUGGAGUCAUGUUUUGAGCUUCGACAAACUCUACAUUUGUUCAAGUUCGGGUUCAACUGUGGUCGUCAAAUUUGGAUGUUGGGUUGGACAUAGUACAGCAAAGUUUGAGUGAAGACUGAGUCCAAAUGGAGUCAUGCUCUAAAAAGACUACAUGUGAUCCAAAUAGACUCUGCAUUGAGUCCAGGCAAGUUUAGGUCAGAGUUUAAGUCGAAAGGUGGCCAAAUUUCAGCCCAGAGAGUUCAACAAAUGUGGACAAGGUUGAAUCAGGUUUUUGUCCAAAUUAGUCAGAGUUUAGUCAAACCGAACAUUUGGUCCAGUUUUGGUUCAACGGAUGUCAUUGAAUGUGGAUCUAGGAUUGGACAUAGUUUGGACAAGUUUGAGUCCAGAUCAAGUCUAAAUUUGUUCACAUUUGGGUCCAAAUUCAGAAUCGUCUGAAUCAAGUCUUUGUCCAAAUGGAGUCAUAGUUUGAAUUUAGUGAAACCCAACAUUUGGUCAAAUUUGUUCAAUUGAUGUCGUAGAAUUUGGAUUGGACAUAGUUCACUAAAGUUUGAGUCAAGACUGAGUCAAAGUCAAGUCACAUUUUGAGCUCCAAAAAGUCGACCUGUGGUAGAAAUAGACUCCAGGUCAAAUUAAGGUCAGAGUUUAAGUCUAAAGGUUGCCAAGUUUCACUCCAAUCAGUUCAACAAAUGUGGGCAAGUCUGAAACAAGCCUUUGUCCAAAUGGAGACAUUCUGAGAUGAGUCAAACUCCAUAUUUGGUCAAAUUUGGGUACAAUGGAUGUUGUUGAACUUGGAUGUUGGCUUAGUUUGCUAAAUCUUGAGUCAUGAUUUAGUCCAAAUGUGAUCAAACUUUGACCCACAGACUUCUGAUGUUUGAAUCAAGUUUUUGUUCAAUUUUGAGUUGAGACCAACCCAACAUUUGAUCCAGUUUGAGUUCAGCAAAUCAAAUUCAAUCAAAGAUUUUACACCACAGAGGUCACUAUACAUGGGCAAGUCUGAGUCUUGACUGAGUCCAAAUCUGGUCAGGUUUAAGUCCAGACCAGGUCUAAAUCUGGUCUAGUUUUGGUCCACUUUGAAGUUUGGAGAACUUCGAGGUAACAAACUGGAUGUCCAUUCUGCUGUUCUCCAGUUUUCUGUUUGGUUCCUGGAUCGUUUUAAGGACUGGGAUGUGGAAACCACUAAGCAGUGACAAGUUAAACCUGUUGGGAGCCGCUAGCGGAGGAACUGGAAUGAAUUCGGAGUGUUGCAUCUGAAUUUCAGGUGUUUCUGACGCCGCUGAUGCUGAUUUCUUUGGUUUUUGAAAUGUGUUGACUGAUCAGGAACGAAGCUGCUGAAACCUCCACGUUUGACUUCUUCUACGACUUUAGCUCUCGACCCGACUGUGUAUUUGAGCAAUAUUCAUCAAAGCGUCACCGUUAUGCACUGCUGCAAUACUCCCAUUAGAACACUAUGUAGAAAUGUAAUUAAACCGUUUCUCCUUCGACGUCAACACUAACAUGUUGCCUUUUUUUUCCUUUUGCACGCCUGCCUUCUUCGUUUCCUUUACGUGCCACACCUUUAUUUCCCUUCAAGUUGCCAUUUGACCUCCUAAUAAUGAGGUUUAACCGACAUUUUUAAUCUUCGACGUGAUUUUGAUUUUAUGUUUUUAUAUCUGAAGGCGUCCUUUAAUUUAUGACAGAAAUGCACUAAAAUCUGUUUUCCGUCUUAAUAUUCAGGCACCAAGUUGUUUCUCUAAAUGGUGGCGGCUUCUGGGAGUUUCCUCUGAACUAUUUUAACAUUUUGAGGAAUCCAAAGUUAAUUUAAGUGUAAAUAGAAGCUAAUGGUGAUGCUCACUAGCUACGGCGCAGCACUUUUAGAGAAGUUAGCUAAUAUGUGGACAAUAGAAACACAGUGUAAACAACAGUGAGCUUAUUUUAAAAAGAUUAGCAACAUCCGAUUAGCACAGAAAGAGUUUGUCAAUGCUAACUGUUGCAGCUGCUAGCGAUCAGUUAGCUGAACUUUGUUAAUGGAAUAAAGCAGGACAUUAGCUUAAUUUCCCGCUAAGUCUUCUGCUGGUCGCUGAUUUAUGCUUUGGGAGUUUUGAGACUUGAAGCUGAAAUCCAAAGUAUUUUAAUUUCACCUCACAGCAGUUGAGAAAACAAGGGAACUUCUGCUUUUAGCUGCUUAGUCAUCUGUCCCUGAAGCUAACUGUGGCUAGCAGUGAACAAGCUGACAGUGCUAAUAGCUUUGCUUGAGCUUGCAGGCAACCUAUAAUACUUUAAACUGCACUUUCUUCCCCUCUGAAGGUUCAAGAAGCAGGAAAAUUGGACAAAUUUAGAGAACAGAAACUUGUUGUGAAGCAGCAGCUAGCGAUCAGUUAGCUAACCUCAGCUGGCUGUAAAUUCAUUUUGCAGUACAGUUUUGUCGACUCGAGUCUUUAUAAUUUUUUUACUUUUCAUAUCAUUUCUUUUUGUGUUAACUUUGCCCUCAACUGGUUUGUGCUCUUUGAAUUUUAAAAUAUUAAGAGUGAAGACUGAAUCCAAAAGUUAGCUUAAUUUAGCUAACACAGAGAGGCAGGGUGCUAGUGUCACAUUAGCUUUUCUCCAGGUUCAUUUGUCUUUGGGAUAUUUUUUACUGUCAUGAUUACAUUCAGUUUUUUUGUUUGUUUUCACAGAAACUGUCACUAAAGCUAGCUGAAGCUAACGUUUAACGUGCUAUCGUUUGCAGAUUUUGACACUUGGCUGCUUUUUGUUUUUUUUAUAAUGUAUUUGUGCUCAGAAUCUGACAUUUUUCAUCUUUAUUUUGAGUAAAAUCCAGAUUUAGUUCAGUCAUGAAUCCAAACAUGAUCAGUUUUAUUAGCUAACAAUAGCUAGCAGGUAGAAGCAACACAUUUGCUAAAUAUGUAUUCAAAUGAGCUUUUGUUUAAACUGAUUUGUGCCUGGAAAUCUGACAUUUUUAAUCUUAAUUUUGAAUCUAGAUUUAGAUUACUUUGAGUCAAGAUUGAGUUAGCAUGUGGCUAAUUCCCUGAGCCGAACUUAGCUAACAAGGCAUUAGCUAAAUUUGUUUUCACAUUAGCCUUUUUCUAAACCAAUUUGUGCUAAGGAAUUUGAUAUUUUAACUCUUUAAAUCAAAGGGACGUCUUGCAAACGUCUACUUUGACUUUUGUUUUUACAUAAAUUGCUGAAUCAUCUGUCAGCUAACGGCAGCUAAUCGAAGCUAAUUACUUAGCUAAACAUAAAGAGAAGCAGGGAAUUAGCUCAAUUUUUCUAAACUUUCUCUAAUUAGUACUCUUAACUUUGAGUUGAAUCCAGUUUAGAUGAGUAUGAUUCAAAUUAAACCCAAACAUGAUCAGUUUCGUUAGCUAACGUUAGCUAGCAGAGAGAAGCAGUGCAUUAGCUAAAUAUUUAGAUAAGCUUUUCUUUAAACUGAUUUGUGCUUGGAAAUCUGACAUUUUUAAUCCCAACUUUGAUUCCAAAUUUAAAUUAGUCUGAAUCAAGACUGAGUUACUUUGUGGUUAAUUUGCCUAGUCCAACUUUAGAGAGACACAGGGCAUUAGCUAAAUUUGUUUUCACAUUAUCUUUUCUCUUUACUAAUUUGUGCUAAGGAAUGUGAUAUUUUUACUUUUUAAGUCAAAAGGAUAUCUUGCUAACGUUGCCUUUGACCUGUUUGUUUUCACAAAAACUGCUGAGUCGUGUGUCAGCUAACUGCAGCUAACGACAAGUUGUCUUUUCUUGUAGCUGAUUAUUUAGCUAAACUAAGGGAGAAGCAGGGCAUUAGCUAGGUUUUUCCUAAAUUGAUUCUCUAAUUCGUAAUCUUAACUUUGAGUCAGGUCCAAAUUUAGAUCAGUUUGGCUGAAUAUUAAACUCAAACGUGAUCAGUUUCGUUAGCUAACGGUAGCUAGCAGGUAGAUGCAAGGUGUUAGCUACAUUUGUUUUCAAAGUCUAAUAAUUUUAUUCUCUAAAUUGCCGGAAAAAUGUACUUUUUUCACAUUUGUUUUCACAAAAAGCACUGAGUUGUGUGUGAGCUAGCUGCAGCUAGCAUGUUAGCACGUGUAGCUUCAACUUGCUAGUGAACUUCCUUGCCCUCUGUUUUCCCCGUGACACCGAUCGUGAAAUAUUUAGAGACUUACACGUCCUGUGAAGCAGCAGCUAGCAAACAGUUAGCCAAACUAGCUUUAGCAUAGUUUUUUUUAGCUCAACUGAAGCCUCCUGCUUAUAGAUGAAUCACGGCGCUAAUAUUGCCGCCAACACCUGUACAUAGACAUCAGAACCUCAUUUAGUCUUUAACCCUAAAUCCCGCCCACCCGGACCGCCCACUUUAUUUAUAAAUGAAGACUCCGUCCCCUCAAUCCUACGUUUUUGUACAUUUUUAGCCGACCUCUUCAGUCCAUCCACGUUUUAUUCCUGAUUUAUCAUCCAGACAUUAUUGUCACUGUUAUUCUAAUUAUUAUUAUUAUUAUUGUCGUUGUUGUUGCUGUUGUUGUUGUUGUUGUUGACUUUUUCUUUGCUGUACAGUACCGUUGUUGAGAAAUUCUACCUAAUACAGAGUCUUCUACUGUAAUGUGUCUCUUUUCAAUAAAGACGAGAAUUAAUGCUUCUUAA